AAUCAAUAAAGAUGUUUAAGUCCUUGUCCACUGUUUUGAUUCUUGGAUUCAUCUUCCUGGAGUCUGAAGGAAGGCCAACAAAAGAAUCAGGAUAUGGCGUUAAAUCCUACCAACCUCUUACAAGAUUACGACACAAGCAGGAAAAAAAUCAAGAAAGUUCAAGAAUCAAAGGAUUUCUAAUUCAGGAUAGCACUUUCGGAUCUUGUGCAAAUAAAUACUGUGGCUUGGGGAGGCACUGUGUCAUCAGCAGAGAGACAAGGCAUGCAGAGUGUGCCUGCAUGGAUGUAUGCAAACAGCACUACAAACCUGUGUGUGGAUCUGAUGGGGAAUUCUAUGAAAACCACUGUGAAGUGCACAGAGCUGCCUGUCUGAAAAAGCAAAAGAUCACCAUCGUUCACAAUGAAGACUGCUUUUUUAAAGGAGACAACUGCUUGGCCACUGAGUACAGCAAGAUGAAAAGUAUGCUUUUAGAUUUACAAAAUCAAAAGUACAUUACACAAGAAAAUGAGAAUUCUAACGGUGAUGACAUACCUAGGAAGAAACUGUUGGUGGAUCAAAUGUUCAAGCAUUUUGAUGCAGACAGUAAUGGACUUAUAGAUAUUAAUGAACUAACUCAGGUGAUUAAACAGGAAGAACUGCACAAGGACCUUUCUGACUGUACUUUGUACGAUCUGCUCAAGUAUGAUGACUUCAAUGCUGAUAAGCACCUGGCUCUUGAAGAAUUCUAUAGAGCAUUUCAGGUAAUCCAGCUGAGUCUGCCUGAAGAUCAGAAAGUAAGCAUCACUGCAGCCACUGUAGGACAAAGUGCUGUUCUGAGUUGUGCCAUCGUGGGAGCCCUGCGACCCCCUAUCAUAUGGAAGAGGAACAAUAUUAUUCUAAAUAAUUUAGAUUUGGAAGACAUCAAUGACUUUGGCGAUGAUGGGUCCUUGUAUAUCACCAAGGUUACCACAGUACACAUGGGCAAUUAUACCUGCUAUGCAGAUGGCUAUGAACACGUGCAUCAGACACACAUCUUUCAAGUGAAUGUUCCUCCAGUCAUCCGUGUAUAUCCAGAGAGUCAGGCCAGAGAACCUGGGGUAACUGCAAGCCUUAGGUGUCAUGCAGAAGGCAUACCAGAUCCUCAACUUGGCUGGUUGAAGAAUGGAAUUGACAUUACACCAAAGCUCUCCAAACAGCUCACACUUCAAGCAAAUGGCAGUGAGGUCCACAUAAGCAAUGUGCGCUAUGAAGAUACUGGAGCAUACACAUGCAUUGCUAGGAAUGAAGCAGGCGUGGAUGAAGACAUCUCUUCUCUUUUUGUGGAAGAUUCUGCUAGGAAGACACUAGCUAACAUAUUAUGGAGAGAAGAAGGUCUUGGAAUUGGAAACAUGUUCUAUGUUUUUUAUGAAGAUGGAAUCAAAGUGAUACAACCCACAGAAUGUGAAUUUCAGAGGCAUAUUAAGCCUAGUGAAAAGCUCCUUGGAUUGCAGGAUGAAGUCUGUCCCAAAGUUGAAGAAGAUGAAGUGCAGAGAUGUGUGUGGGCUUCUGCUGUUAAUGUCAAAGACAAGUUAAUUUAUGUUGCUCAGCCAACUUUGGAUAGAAUCUUGAUUGUUGAUGUGCAGUCCCAAAAAGUUAUUCAGGCAGUGAGCACAGACCCUGUACCAGUCAAAUUGCAUUAUGACAAAUCACAUGACCAAGUCUGGGUGCUGAGCUGGGGCAGCAUGGAGAAGAAAUCACCGACUCUACAGGUGAUAACUCUGGCCAGUGGGAGUAUGCCUCACCACACCAUCCACACACAGCCAGUUGGGAAACAGUUUGACCGAGUGGAUGAUUUUUUCAUUCCCACCACAACACUUAUUAUCACCCAUAUGAGAUUUGGAUUUAUUCUUCAUAAAGAAGAAGGAGCAUUACAUAAAAUUGAUCUUGAAACCAUGUCCUACAUCAAAACAAUUAACCUAAAGGAUUCAAAGUGCAUUCCUCUCUCCUUGGCAUACACUCAUCUGGGAGGAUACUACUUUAUUAGCUGCCAACCUGAUGUCACUGGAGCCCUGUCACCACAACUCGUGGUGGACAGUGUGACUGACUCAGUCAUUGGCUUCAACAGUGAUGUUACAGGCACCCCUUACAUUUCUCCAGAUGGACACUAUCUUGUCAGCGUUAACGAUGUGAAAGGUCUUGUGAGAGUCCAGUAUAUCACCAUCAGAGGAGAAAUCCUGGAUGCUUUUGACAUUCAUACCAACCUGCAUAUAUCUGACCUGGCCUUCCAGCCAUCCUUCACAGAAGCCCACCAGUAUAACAUCUAUGGAAGCUCAGGCCAACAAACCGACGUGCUUUUUGUGGAGCUAUCUUCUGGGAAGGUCAAGAUGAUCAAGAGCCUCAAAGAACCUCUUAAGACAGAAGACUGGCCCUGGAGCCAGAAGAACAGGCACAUCCAAGGCAGUGGCCUCUUUGGACAGUACUUAAUGACACCCUCCAAGGAUUCUCUCUUCAUUCUGGAUGGUCGCCUUAAUAAGUUAAACUGUGAGAUCACUGAAGUCCAGAAAGGAAAUACUGUUGUUUGGGUUGGAGAUGCCUAAGGAUCCCUGUUAGCUAAUCAUGGAGGAAGAGUUUUACAAUACAUUGCACUUAAUCCUUAUUUAAA